GAUCAAAGGCAUUUGAAAACCCCUACAAAGAGAUUAAUACAGAUAUUUAAAGAAUAUUUGAUAAAGCAGUCAAGACAAGCGAAGGUAAAUACAAAACUGGACAUGACAUAAACAAGGUGAGCUUGUGCUUGACAGGCAUGGAAUCAAAUAGACUGCGGCCAGUUUGGGAAUAUCAGUAACGGAUUUCCACAAGUGGAUUUCUCCAACAUGGAAUAGUGUGGGGACUUGGAAGACACACAUAGACACACACACACACACACACACACACACACGCACACACACACGCAUACACUGUAUACAGGCCUUCCUUCCUCUGGUUUCCUGUCGUGACCGGCGGCUGUGGCAGUGGAGCGAGUCAGUAUGCAGGAGUCUCCAGGUGCUUUGGGUGUAGAUGGCAGCUACACCAGCAAUGUUCCGGCUUUCCUCACCAAAUUGUGGACUCUAGUGGAGGAUCCGGAUACCAACCACCUAAUUUGCUGGAGCGCUACUGGGACCAGUUUCCAUGUGUUCGACCAGGGUCGCUUUGCUAAGGAAGUUCUACCAAAGUAUUUUAAACACAAUAAUAUGGCAAGCUUUGUCCGACAGCUCAACAUGUACGGCUUUCGAAAAGUUGUAAAUAUUGAGCAAAGCGGUCUGGUCAAGCCUGAGAGAGAUGAUACAGAGUUCCAACAUCUGUACUUCCUUCAGGGACAUGAACAUAUGCUGGAACACAUCAAAAGGAAGGUAUCAAUAGUGAAGAGCGAAGAGACCAAAGUUCGCCAAGAGGACCUCAGUAAACUACUUUAUGAAGUUCAGCUCCUGAGAACACAGCAGGACAACAUGGAGUGUCAGAUGCAGGACAUGAAGCAGCAGAAUGAGGUUCUGUGGAGAGAGGUGAUUUCACUGAGACAGAACCACACACAGCAACAGAAGGUCAUGAACAAGCUAAUUCAGUUUCUGUUCAGCCAGAUGCAGUCCAACACACCCGGCACUGUAAGCCUGAAGAGAAAGCUGCCACUGAUGUUGGAUGAUGGCUCCAUUAGCCCCCCUGCCUCCAAGUUCAGCCAUACUAACCCAAUGGAGCAAAUACAAGAGCCCUUCUACAUACAAUCGCCAUCCAGUGAUACUGCUUCGUGUUCUACCACUGCGCUAACAGGUGGACCGAUCAUAUCGGAUGUAACAGACAUGUCUCAAGCCAGCAUGCUACAAAUGCAGCCUGAAGAGACCAGUCGUAGGGAAAAGUGCCUGAUGCUGAUCAAAGAAGAGCCUGUGAGUCCAGGAGUGAGAGCAGGAGUGAAAGGAGGCAGUGUUGGCGGAGGAGACACUCUGGCAUUGACCUCCUCCUGUGAGGUGUGCACCUCAGAACCUCCUGUCCUUCCUGUCGCAAUGGUGCAAUCUGUUUUGGAGGGGAGAGGCUCAUCCACCUCAGUGACAGAGAGGAGGAUUAAGAGAUCUACGAUAGAAAGAGUGGAGUGUGCUUCUGAUGCAGUGGAAAAUAUGGAUAUGAGCUUGGAGGAGUUGCAGCAGCUGAUACUCAGGAGCCAUCAACAGAGUAACAUGGAUCCAGGGACCAGUACUGUUAUGGACCCCUUCAAUGUAAACCUUCCACUGACUGAAUGGAGCUUCAAUGAGAUGGAGUCCAGCCUCAAAUCAUAUGUCUUCCAAAACCAAGAACCUGAGGCUUUUCCAGCAUCAACUUGUGAGAAACAGUGAUCAGUUUGUGAGUGAGUGGUCCUUUUUGAAAUGGAAGGCCACAGACACAUCUCACAUCCCUGCAUGAAUUUGAUCCUACAGGCUGGCCAAGCUCUGAAUUAUAUUUGCCUUCUUUGCAUAAGUUUUAUUAUGAAAUGCAGAAAUGAUCAUAUUUGUAACAAUAAUGUCUUUUUUCUUGAAUGGAUUGCUUCAAGUAUAUCAGGACUCUUUUACCAGCUAGGUGCACACAGUGCAUGCUUGGCUUGAGCACUUUAGUCUUUCUGUGAGAGGGAAUUCCUACUUAUGGAAGUGACUUUUACCUCUUAGAAUCAUAUUAUUACUAAUGUACAAGUGAACAUUGUGAUUAUCUGAGUGUGAGAAAACAGGGUGUGAGAGCGUCACUGUGUUUUUUUCUGUAUGAUUUUUUUUUUGUGUGUGAAAAAAAGAUGUAGGAGCAAUCACUAUAAUUUUGUGUGUUAAUCUUAAUGAAGGUGGCAUGGUGAUCGACUGGUUAGCACGUCGGUCUCACAGAGCAGAGGCACAGGGUUCAAUACUGGCUCCGGCCUUCCUGUGUGGAGUUUGCAUUUUCUCCCCGUGCCCGCGUGGGUUUUCUCCAGGUACUCCG